AUGAGUCUCUGGGUAGACAAACAUCGUCCCAAUACCCUGGACAAACUGGAUUAUCAUAUUCAUAAGGCUGAAAUCCUUAAAAAACUUAUCGCCAGUGGGGAUUUCCCACACCUGCUCUUUUAUGGUCCCCCUGGUGCAGGGAAAAAAACAAGGAUUUGCUGUUUGCUUCGCGAGCUUUAUGGCCCUGGUGUUGAUAAGUUGCGUAUCGAACAUCACACUUUCGUAGCUCCAUCAAAGAAGAAAGUAGAUAUUUCCACCGUAUCUAGUAAUUAUCAUUUAGAAGUUAACCCGAGCGAUGUCGGCAUUUAUGAUAGGCUUGUUGUCCAGGAGUUAAUAAAAAAUAUGGCAUCCACCGCACAAUUAGAAAGUUCGUCUCAGCGUGAAUUCAAGGUUGUCGUAAUCCACGAAGUGGACCGGCUCACCAAGGAUGCUCAACAUUCACUUCGUAGAACCAUGGAAAAGUAUAUGGAAACAUGCAGGCUCAUACUUUGCGCUGAGUCUCUUUCAAAGGUAAUCCCAGCUGCUCGCUCUCGGUGUCUUCCUGUUCGUGUGGCUUCGCCAACUGUUGAUGAAAUCGUGGCCAUACUUUGUAAUGUCGCGAAGCGUGAGGGCUUGAAAUUACCCACAGAGCUAGCCGAGCGCAUUGCAACAGCUUCUGACCGAAACUUACGCCGCAGUCUUCUACUGGCGGAAGUAGCUCGAGCCCAACAUUAUCCCUAUACUCCUGAACAGAAUGUCCCACUUCCUGAUUGGCAAAAUUUCAUAGCUGAUACAGCUGCUAGUAUUCUUGGAGAACAAAGUCCUCGAAGAAUAAUGGAAGUUCGUGGCAAGCUCUACGAGUUACUUGCUCAUUGCAUUCCACCUGAUGUCAUAUUUAAGGGUCUAGUUGAUAACCUGCUGGCGUCCUGCGAUGGCAGUCUGAAGUUGGAGCUAGCGAAUCUGGCAGCUACGCACGAACACCGCAUGCAACUUGGGCAAAAGCCAAUAUUCCAUUUGGAAGCCUUUGUGAUCGCUUUCAUGGCUGUCUACAAACGUUUCAUUGAGGAUGCUCUCAAUUUAAGUGAAUUUUGA